AUGGGGCUGUCAGCGUGGUUCUGGCACCACGAGCACUGGCUGCCCCCUGGAGCUACCUGGGAAGACUUGAAGGACUCUGCAGACAGGCACUACCCACAGCCUCAGGACAUCCUGCUCUGCAUCCCUGGCGCCCUGCUCCUCCUCGCUGUGCGGCUCAGCUUCGAGAGAGCCAUAGCUGUGCCUGUGGGCAGGAGGUUGGAUGUGAGGGACAAACCGAGGCCUAAGGUUCAGCCCAAUGCCACCCUGGAAAGCUUCUACACUCAGCUGGGCAGGACUGCAGAGGAGGAGGAUCUGAUCUCCCUGGCCAAGCAGAGUGAUCUGCCAGUCAAGAGGGUGCAGACCUGGCUCCGGCGCCGGCGGGCCCAGGACCGCCCUAGGCUGAUGAAGAAGUUCUGUGAGUGCAGCUGGAGGUUCACCUUCUAUCUCACCUCCUUCUUCUCUGGGCUGGCUCUGCUCUAUGAUAAGCCCUGGGUCUGGGACCCCACCCUGUGCUGGCUGAACUACCCACAGCAGCCUCUGCCCCCUGCCCUGGGCUGGUUCUACCUCCUGGAACUCUCCUUCUACUGCUCCCUGGUGGUCACCUUGCCCUUCGACGUGAAGAGGAAGGACUUUAAGGAGCAGAUCAUCCACCACACUGCCACCAUCGUUCUGAUCUCCGUGUCCUACUGUGCCAACAUGCUCCGCUUUGGUGCCAUGGUCAUAGUGCUCCACGAUGCCUCUGACUACAUUCUGGAGCUGGCCAAGCUGCUGCUGUACCUGCGCUGGCGCCGGCUCUGCGACGCAGCCUUCGUGGCCUUCGCCCUGGUGUUCCUCAGCUCCCGGCUCCUGCUCUUCCCCGCGCUCACCUACUACUACUUUGUGAGCAAGUUCCAGCUGUUCCCCGUGAGCUGCCUGCUCAGCCUCCUGCUGCUGCUGCUGCAGCUGCUGCACCUUUUCUGGUCCUGCCUGAUCCUUCAGAUGGUCUCCAGCAUCCUGCUCCGUGGUGAGAGAAGGAAGGACGCCAGGAGCGACACCGAGGAGAGCACCGGCAGCGAGGCAGAGGGCCCAGCCGAGAGCCAGCAGUGCCCCAGGCUGGCUGCAGAGAAGCAGGAGCUGGGCAGGCUCCCAGAGCAGGGAGGCUGCUCAGGGCCAGGGGCAGAGGCCAGGCAGGCCCACAGGUGUCUGCCUAGGAACCAGCCCCUGCCUGGCUGGAAUCCAGCACAGUGCUCCUAGGGCCAGUCCCUCUAGGAGAUGCUUUCUGCCCUCCUCCUGCUGGCACCGUUCCUUGGCACCCUUUGUACUGCCCCUCUGCUCAGUCACCCAGGAGCAGCCCAGGGCUGCCAGCAGAGUCCCACUGUAAGCAGAAGAGAGCUUGAGCGAGCUGCUGCUGCUCUGGCACCUCACUGUGGUGAGCUCAGCCCCAGGGCGCCGAGACAA